AAACCAAUAGAUGAUUCCAUGGCAGUUGGCGGUCCUGAGAGCAGGCUGGCCCUGAUAGAUACGGAAGUGAGGAAGGGUGGGAGUUAUCUAUCUUCUCUGUUUUAUAGACUACUUCAGCUUCUGCUGCUGCCAAUGCCUCAGCAACCACUGAAAGUUCAGAUAUCACCCUUCCUGUAACUAAUCAAAUCAAGGAAGAGAUCUACGAUAUAGUGGUGGUGGUUCCAGCUAGAAAUUUUCACUCACAAUGGUGCAUGUUUCAAAUAGAAGUAUCCAGGAUAUGAACAUACUUUUCUCCUCCUGGGCCGUAGUCUUAACGGUGAUGGGAAUCACCUUAGAUAAAUGGGUUGAAUUGAUUUCAGAAGACGAAAGAGCCAAGAUGAACCACAGUCCAUGGAUGAUGUGUUGCCCUGCUCUUUGGCCAGAAGAUGACCUGAAAGUGGUCAGGAUUAUGAUGAUGUCGAGCCUUGGCCUUUCCUUCCUCCUUAACUUAAUCCUGGGUAUGAAAUUCACCUAUCUGAUUCCUCAAAAUAAAUAUAUACAACUCUUCACUACCAUCCUCGGUUUCUUCUCAGGUAUCCUUCUGCUCUGGGCACUCAUACUAUAUCACAACAAGCUGAAGCAAGGUCAAUCCACGUACUUCUCUAGUUAUAGGAUCACCUGGAUCAUGUAUACUGCUUACUUAAACGUUUUCUUCUUGUCUGUCUGUGGAAUCCUCUCUCUCCUAGAGUGCAAGUUGUCUACCAGUAGCUGUACCUGCCUGAACAUCCAUAAAUCUGACAAAGAAUGUAAGGAAUCUGAGAAUUCUAUCGAAGGUAUUUCAUUACCAGAAAGCACUGCAAUGCCUCAUAGCAUUGUCCGUGCACACACUGUGAAUUCAAAGGAAGAUACCCUAAACAAAAAACUCCAAACACGUCGCGUAACCUGGGCUCUGUGAUUUGGCAGUCUAUUUCUUGCAGUAUAUCCUCAUCUUUAUGGAAAAAGCUUUGUAGGUGUGUGCUGUGUCUCCAACCAUGUUGUCUCUAUUUGGAAUUACAGUUGGGGUUUGUAAAAAGAUCUGGAAGAUGGUUUUUUAAAAACUCCUGGCCUGCUGAACAAAUAGUUUCUUCUGCAACAUUUAUUGUUAAUAUAAUAAAUAUUAUCAUAUAAAUAA